AUGAAUUCCUCAAUCCAAACUGAAAUAGGUAGGUACACAGACAUAAAUCACAUUUUUGAGACUGUUUAAAAGAGAGGCUAUCUCACAUAAUUGACUGCAUUUUUGGAAGAAGUCUUUACAAAUGAAAUAAACUUUGCAUCUCAAAGUAAUAUAAUAUUUGCAUCAUUCUAAAAGGACUCAAAGAAGUGAUCAGCGCAAUGUCAAGACAGGGAUAAAAGGUUGAAUACUCUAUUCAAUUAAGUCGAAAUAUUCAAAUUUUUAAGAGCAAUUUUGAUUUAAUUUUAACUGCUACAUCAAACAAUGUAUGGAAUCAAAUAGUUAAUUCAAUGAAUUUGAUUUCAGAUGAAACUUUUUAAAUCAAUAACAACAAAUCGGAAAUCAUCUCCCCAGUUUCAAGAAAAUUUGAAAGAUAAUCAGAGCCUGAUCUUAAAAAAAUGACGAUGAGUCAAUCUUAUGUGAGUAGAUCACCUAGCAAAAUCUCAACUAUCAAACAACAGCAAACAAUUCCAUUGAGUGAGAUGUCAAUUCAAAUGAGAGGAUCUCCAACUACCUUCAAUAAAGCAAAAAGAUAAUUAGACAAUAGUUUAACAACAAGUUCUCCAGGAGUAGGCAGAUAUCGAACCGAAGUGGCUGAAAAACGUAUUGUUAUUCUUUAAUUUUAGAUAUUAGAGAGACUUCUCCUAAUGCUACCAUUGGAAAAUCGGCCAAAAUUAGUUGGAUUGAUGAAAAACUAUAAAAAGAAGCUACUCAUUCUCCAGGACCUAUAUAUAACCCAGUAAAAACAUUUUGUUCUAAACGUGUUAAAUGA